CAAAUUAUCAUGUCAGCAUUUUGCAUAAAUUAUAGUUUAAUUUAUUAACACGCUCAAAUCUUGCCAUUUUACGCGAAUGGAAACGUUAUCGAAUGCAUGGGAGUCGCGACGUUAAAAAAAGCUACCAGUUGAAUCCUCUAUGUUUUCCAUCACCAGUGAAAUCAACACUGGAGCUUUCUAGCUGGCUUUUGACUGUGACUAACUGAGCAGUCGACUUACACCGCGCCGUUCUGUAAUUUCUAAAUGGAUAAGCAUCCCGAGGAGGCUGAAUAUACAAGCGGCGACGAAGCCUCCGAUGAAGAUGAACCUGAAAACGACGAUGUGGACGACGAAGGCUUUACACGACUCGACCACAUCACAAUCUGCAUCAGUUUCAGCGGCUUGGCGAUGCUUCUUCAUUCGUUCUUUAGUGUUGUGAUAUCAGGUUCUCAAGACAUCUUGGGAGGAACUUAUAUUCCUACGACCACAAUCCUCGCUUCGCAUGUAUCAACGAUGGUGAUCGUGACAUCAAUUCUUCCCUGGUGCAUGCAGAAAAUCCCUUACUUAUGGCGGACACUUAUAGUAUUCGCGGCUAUGGCGAGUGGGACAGUUCUGAUCAUCCUAGUCGACAACGUUUACGUGAAGAUCAUCGGAGUGUCUUUGAACGCACUUGCCCACGGCUUGGGAGAGAUUUCUUUCUUAGCUCUAAGUGCUUUUUACGGAAAGUUCUCUCUUACUUCUUUCGCGGCAGGAAGUGGGGCAGGAAUACUUUUGGGGCCAAUUUAUUACACAGGAAUGACGUCAUGGCUUUGUGUUUCACCCCAGAUAUCCCUGACAGUUAUUGCACCAACUACACUUUUGAUCUUGUUAUUUUACUACUUAUUAGACAAGGACCGCAUUAAGCCGUAUGCCUUCCUGGAAAAAUACAAGAACCUCAAGUCCACUGACUCCGAGUGCUCAGAUGACUAUCUUGAUAAGGAGCCUUUUGGCCUCUUAUCCUGGGGUGAGAAGUGUACGGCUGCAUGUCAAAUCUUUCCUCUAAUGAUUGCUUUGUGCUCUGCUUACAUUGCUGAGUACAUAACUAUUCACGCAGUCUUUACAACGAUUGCCUUCGAAGAUGCUCCUUUUGCGCCAAGAGAUCACUUUGUUUACUAUGUUCUCGUAAGCGGUGUUGGCGAAUUCUUAUUCCGUUCUUACUUAAGCGUGAUAGCUUGGUUCAAGCCAGUUUUAAUGCGAGGCCUAGUUGUAAAACACACCUGGAUUUUCUCACUUAUUUUACUAGCUUUUAUGAGCUUAGCAGUAUGUGCUUCGUUCUACCGAAUUUUCAACUCGGUAUGGUCGGUUUUAUUAUUCUGUUUUAUCAUCGGCUCGGUGUCGGGCUUCGUUUUUACGAACACAGUUUGCGCAGUGCCCCUGAUUGUGGAACCGAAGUACAAGGAAUUCUGCUUAGGACUGGUAACGAUUGGGGAAUCUGCGGGGGUCUUAAUCGCAAGCUUAGCAGGUCUUGCUGUGGAGCCAGCUCUGAGAAAGCAUUGCACUCACAUCGUGAAGAAAACGGCUCUUUGUUACACAAGGCCCACCACGAACAGAUGGAGUGCGUCUGUAUGUUCACUAAAGGGAUGAGGGAGUUGCUAGGGAAAAGGGGGAGGGUGAACCUUGAUAACCUCGCCACGCCGAGUUUUCGUUAAGUUUCAGCAGGAAAGAUAUUUCUUGUCAGAUCGAAGAUAAGGGAACAUAUUAAGGGUGGGAAUGAGAAUGAGUCGGUUUAAUUCACCCAUCUUAAUGUUUAAAUAAACAUGGGGGAAACCUUUGACUGGAAAAGGAAAUAGUAAAUUCAAAUAGAUAGUUGAAUUCGAGAUUUUUUUUUAAAAGACGAUCCAUUGAAAAUCGGCGAGUUAAAGAACAACCUUCUGACUUCAUAACGCUUGAGAUGCAAGGAAAGAUACAAAAUAUCUCCACCCCUGAGGUUUGAUUCGAUCUUGUUUCGCAACAGUUCCUUGAUCCGAGAGAAAACUGGUGCCUAGUACCAAUUCCCAUCAAUGUGCCUAAAGUAAUAGACAUUGUCCUACUAGCUUCCUUGAUCACGGACAGUUGCCUGAGUGCAAACGUCUCUAUUUCCUUUGUUGCACGCGCGUAAUAAAGGAAAUAAGAGACGUCUGCACGUAGGCGAACGGAUGGGAGCCUGGUGUGAUACAAAACUAGGAGGAACUCGAUGGGUGUGAGUGCUUGUCAGGUAUUCAUCAACUGGCCGGCAUAGUGUAAAUGAAACAGAGGGACAGCUGCGUAACGACUUUUUGAGAUGACUUUGCUCAAAAAUUUUAAAAAGAAUUGUUUCACCUGUUUCACAAUGCAUCAGCUAACUCCGUAAGGGCCGUAAGGCGAAACCCUAACACGAAAGGCUGUUUGUAAGCUCAAAAAACGGUAGUAUGAGGUCGUGAGGCUGAGACCCGUGUAAAUAACUAAGAGGACAUUUAUAAGCACGUUUCGGUCCUUGCUUUAAAUUAAAAUGUAGCAGCUAAUCCGAAGUCACUUCAAAGUCUCAACAUCUAGUUAAGAAUACUAAGUAGAGCUUCUAUACGCAUUGAAAAUUUAAUGAAAUUUUGUGCUGUUUGAAUGUAUUCUGUUGUGUAGACAACCAAUCAAAUUCACUAAUGACAACAGACAUCUUUUAUCAAAGAUACCCCUUGUGAGUCUUUUGACCAGAACAUACUCAGGGUUUUACCUCUUGUACCAUAAUAAUUAACGUACCUUUUCGGUACUUUACAGCUAUAAGACUCAACAAAAUGAAGCAGAAUCUG